CAGCUCUCCCUUCGCCUGCGGGCAACCGUAGGUCUCUCCGCGCUUCCUCCAGCCACACCUCGAGGGAGGGAGGUCGGCUGGUAGGCGGAGGCAAGGAAGGAAGAAGAGGCGGCGGUGGCGGCGUCUCUACCCCCUUCUCAGGGAAGAUCUCGCGGUGCUGGGCGCGCUCAGCCUCCUCCUUCUCCCUCCCCUUCUGCUGGGAGCGGUGACUGUGCGCAGUGAAGCGGGUGGGGAGCGCUCAGCUGGGCGGAGAGUCGCGCCGGCACCAGCUCCGGGAGGAGGAGGAGACUGAGGCCGAAGUAGUAGUCGUAGUAGUAAGAGCGGCGGCAACUACAGGAGGUGUGACGAAAGCGCGACUCGCCCAGCUUGUCUGUGCCCGUCCCGUCUGUUCGCCUGCAGACCGCCUUGGAGCCUCGCCCUGUCCGAUGUCCCCGCGGCGGCGGCACUGAGAGAACCAACGUGCCUGCUAGCCAGCCAGCCAGCCAGCCGAGCCUUUCCACCUUCUGCAGCUCGAACAUGGCCACCCCAGCAACGUGCACCCGCUUCACCGACGAAUACCAGCUCUACGAGGAGCUCGGCAAGGGAGCUUUCUCGGUGGUUCGCAGAUGUGUGAAGAAAUCCUCAUCCCAGGAAUAUGCUGCAAAGAUCAUCAAUACUAAGAAGCUGUCAGCCAGGGAUCACCAGAAACUGGAACGUGAAGCUCGAAUCUGUCGACUAUUAAAACAUCCGAAUAUUGUGCGGCUCCAUGAGAGUAUUUCAGAAGAAGGUUUCCACUACCUUGUCUUUGAUCUGGUCACUGGUGGAGAGCUCUUUGAAGAUAUUGUUGCCAGGGAAUACUACAGCGAAGCUGAUGCCAGCCACUGCAUUCACCAGAUUUUGGAGAGUGUCAAUCAUAUUCAUCAGCAUGAUAUUGUUCACAGGGACUUAAAGCCUGAAAAUUUGCUUCUUGCAAGCAAGUGCAAGGGUGCUGCUGUCAAACUGGCUGACUUCGGACUUGCAAUAGAAGUGCAGGGAGAACAGCAGGCAUGGUUUGGGUUUGCUGGUACUCCAGGCUACCUGUCCCCUGAAGUCUUAAGAAAAGAUCCUUAUGGCAAGCCAGUGGAUAUAUGGGCAUGUGGAGUUAUUCUGUAUAUAUUACUAGUUGGGUAUCCCCCAUUUUGGGAUGAAGAUCAACACAAACUCUAUCAGCAGAUCAAAGCAGGAGCCUAUGAUUUUCCUUCCCCAGAGUGGGACACUGUGACACCAGAAGCAAAGAAUUUGAUCAAUCAAAUGCUAACAAUAAACCCAGCAAAACGCAUCACAGCUGAUCAGGCUCUUAAGCACCCAUGGGUCUGCCAACGAUCCACUGUGGCCUCCAUGAUGCACAGGCAGGAGACUGUGGAAUGCUUGAGAAAAUUCAAUGCCAGAAGAAAGCUGAAGGGUGCAAUUCUCACAACAAUGCUGGUGUCCCGGAAUUUUUCAGUUGGCAGGCAGAGCUCCGCCCCUGCUUCGGCCGCCAUGAGUGCUGCCGGCCUGGCUGAGCAAGCUGCCAAAAGUUUACUGAACAAGAAGUCAGAUGGAGUAAAGAAAAGGAAGUCAAGCUCCAGCGUGCAUUUGAUGCCACAGAGCAACAACAAAGCCAGUGUAGUAAGCCCAGCAAAAGAAACGCCCCCAGUGCAGAUGUCCAUGGAACCACAAACUACUGUUGUCCACAAUGCUAAUGAUGGCAUAAAGGGUUCCACAGAGAGCUGUAAUACCACCACUGAAGAUGAGGACCUGAAGGCUCCCCCUCUCUCCAUCGGGGAUGGCAGCUCAGUGCUUGAAGGACGGAGUCACUGUGAGAGCAAAACCCAGACUGAGUCCAUGCAGUCCCAGCUUUCUCUCUGUUACUCAGCCACUACUGCUACACAAUCUUGUGAAGAAAAACUUCUUGCCUGGGACAGCCCAGGGCAAACAGUGGAGUUGGAUCGUGCUCAGUCGGAGCCUGUCCUAACUCCAGUAGUUCCGUUUGCACUUAACAGUCCACCAUUGCGUAAGCAAGAAAUCAUCAAGAUAACAGAGCAGCUGAUUGAAGCAAUCAACAAUGGAGACUUCGAGGCUUACACGAAGAUCUGUGAUCCUGGGCUGACCUCAUUCGAACCAGAAGCACUGGGAAACCUCGUGGAGGGGAUGGACUUCCACAAGUUUUACUUCGAGAAUUUACUGUCCAAGAACAGCAAGCCAAUCCACACCACCAUCCUGAACCCCCACGUUCACGUUAUUGGCGAUGAUGCUGCCUGCAUUGCCUACAUCCGCUUGACACAGUAUAUUGACGGCCAAGGCCGGCCUCGCACCACACAGUCUGAAGAGACCCGCGUCUGGCACCGCCGUGAUGGCAAGUGGCUGAAUGUCCACUACCACUGUUCUGGGGCUCCAGCAGCUCCGCUGCAGUGAAGCUGAAACAUGGCCGCUUUCGGAGAUACUCAGCGGGAGGGCAAUAUCUUCUCAGCAAGCAGCUCUGGAGUGCCUGAAUUACAGCGACGGUCAUGUUCGUUUUGACGUUUAAAAAAAUAUGAAUUACAAACCGGCAGCAGCCAAAUGCACGAAACCCUGCAUGAAUCUGAUGCUCCGGGCGCUGCCGCCUUUCUGUUGUUUUUCCAUGGAUCCAUCGUGUCUGUUUCUGCUGUACGAAGGUGUGUUUUAAAUCUUGAGAGAAACCCAUAUUGUUUGUAUAGAAGAGAUCAUCAUCCAUGACGGAGUGUCCAGCGCCUCCUCUCCAGGUCUGAUGAUGGGGCAGCAGCUGGAGCAUCUUUCAGAACCGGAGCAAAGAAGAGGGAGAGAAGGCAGCUUGGGCAGCAGAAUGCUGAACUCUGUAAAGGCACGGUGGGAACUAACAUUGCGUUCAGGCUAUGCUGCAACUUUAAUCAAUGAGAUGUGGCCGGCGGGGGGCUCCCCAGGGCCAGCAUAGAGAAAAGGGGCAAAGUGGAAGGAGGACAUUGCUCACCCCUCUGCCAUCCAGCAGACUGACUUGAGCCCAAGUGUCAGCGGUGGAGAUGCAGCAGUCAGCUGAUUGCUCAGCCACUGGCUCCAACUAAUGGACUGCAUAAAAUGAACAAGAAUGUUUUAAGGAACAAGUACGAGCUGGUUUAAAAAGCAUAGGAGCUUGCUCUUCAGAGAUGCACUGAUUUUUAGAAACAGCCACUCCUUGGAGGUGUGAAGUCAGCUUAUAAGGGUAAAGUUUAAGAGCAAAGAUAUAUUAGAGGAAGAGAGUAUAUGAAUGGCUUUUUAUUUUAUUUUAUUCUGUUUAGAAUAGAUGGGAUCCAGAGUGUUGCAGACUAUGUGCUCCUUAGGAAACAGUUGGAAAACUUAGUGUUACAUUCUGCCCUGAAAAUUUGCACACACAUGCGUUUUGCUUUCUGUACGGUGUGUAAAUUAGUUUGUGUUUUAUACUGAAAUAGAUAUAUAUGCACCCCUACAAUAAUGGGGCUAGCUGGUUUUUCAGACUGAUUUGUUUUCUGAUUAACUAGCAAAGGGAGCCAGCAGCUUCAGGCACGUGUGUUGUUUUUUUUCCACUAGCCCAGUCCAUCUGACAUCAUUGCUUUGUUUCCUCUUGUUCCAUUGGAUUUUUUGUAACCCUCCUUCCCAUCCAUGGUGGCAUUUUUACUCAGUAAGCCAUUGAAUCAGAACCUCCAUUUUGCUGUAGACAGAGGGUUCUACAGUUUCUGCUGCAGUUUCCUCUGGUAGAGAAGAAACCUUAAACACUCCACAUAGCUAGUGGGCUUCCAUUUUGCAUUGCCCCAUUCAUCUCUUUUGCUACUAAGGAGAGGGAUCCAUGUUGUUUGUUCCCUAUGUGGGAAACAUUUAACAGGUUUAAAUUCAGACCAUUGGUUUAUCUCUUUCUGAGAAGAAGUGAGAUGGAAGCUGCCUUAGGCUCACUCAAUUUUUGAAUUCAGAUUUUACGCCAUAGCUUUCUGUGCAUCCCGUCCAGAAGGGGUACCAAAGCUUUUUUUUCUUUUUUUGCAUGCCCAGUCACUAAAUUUGGGGACAUGGAUUCCAGAAUGUUUGCUGCCCAGAUAGUAUUGAGCAGAAUAGGAGGGAGUCAACUUUUUAAUAGAGUUGAGUACAAUAGAAAGUUAUCACUUGAUCCCAUGGAACAGAGUGAUGGAAGGAAGGGGAUGAAUUUCUGCUCUGUAAAUUGACAUCCCAGCUUCUGAGCCUGAUAAAGAGAAAUAGCGAGUUCAGUCCCACAUCAUUUAUCCUAGCUUAUUCCCUGUGCAGGAAAAAGGCAUCCACCCUUUGGAAGGUUUGUGCACACAAACCUUCCUCCUUCCUCUUUCAAUCUCAAUCAGAGUUAAUGAAGGGAGGAGUGGGGAAGGAAUGUUGUUACAAAGACUAAACUAGAUUUUUAUAUAUGGAACAUACUUAGACAGCACUAAGAUAUUGAAUGAGGUAACAAAGAAAAGCCUUGAUAAUUUUUUUCAGGGUUUUUAAAAAAACAAUAAAGCCACAAAGUGAGGAAUGGGAAAUUAGUUAUGCAGCCUUUUUAAAAGACAAAUUCUGCAUGCAUUUAGGUCUGAUCUUUCCUUGUCUCUUUAUCUGACAACUAUUAAUGAUAAACCCUCUGUAUUAAGUAUCUGCAUCCUUCAAAAAUGAUUUUUUUUUUUGAACAGUUUGAGUUGGGGUUUUUUGUCUUUGUUUUUGCACAGUCUUUAAGACAUGUUCUAAUUUAAUGAGAACCUUAGCUUGGUAUGGCCAUUAUCAAACACAGCUAUAGACCUUAGCAUUCUUAAUAUUCUCUUAUGGGGUUAAUGUAAGCAUCUAUAUAAUAUUAUAUCAUGUUUUAAACAGGAAAUGGAAGAUGUUUGAUGCAAAAAUUUUGCAUGAUAGAGAAAUAAUUGAAAACAAGUUAGAUUUUUUUUCCUGAAUGUUGGUAGAACCUUCAUAGCUUUGUUAUAAUGAAACCUUGAACUGAAAAUAUUUAAUAAAAUAACAUUUAAAUGGUGCAAAAGGUCA